ACACGCAGCUUGUAAACACGGAUAAAGCCGCAGCAGUCAGAACAAACACUUUUCGAGUUAUUGUUUCAAGAAAUGUAUACCUUUUUAUUAUUAAAAAAAAAAAAAAAAAAAAAGAUUACAAAACAUAAUUUAAAAGAAGUGACAGAAAAAAGAAAGUAGCAGCACGGUUUAAACAUACAGUAGUAAACUUCCGUUUGUAGCUUUUCUAAGAAAACGUGGGCGGGUCUUUCCAGUAAAGGCAGUACUCGAACCCAGGACAGAAGCUGAACCCAGGCUGAGAUCAUAAUCCAAGGAGUAUAUUUGUUGUACCAUGAGAGAAUCAUGGCUUUAAAGUGUUUAACAGUUGUUUUAUUUUUAUUUUUCAUCUCUUUAUCUGAGGUGUCAUGUCUCUCCAUUAUAAACAGCUCCACGCUGACCUGUAACACAACUUUUCCAUGCGAAGUUCAGAUAAACAACUGCGUAUAUAAAGAAUGGAUGAAAUCGCACAACUUCACACCGACUAGUCCGGUUGAUCUGAAGGUCCAUGAAGACGUCACGACAGAUGAGAAAGGAGACUUGGUGCCUGUAAUUGUGGCAGAAUGGAAAUUAAGAGAUGAUGGAAGCAUUAAUUUUUUGAGUGGAACUGAGUUUCAAGUGACAAAGCAGGGCAGCGGCGAAUACUUCUGUGUCCAUUACAUUUUGCGCAAGAAGAUUUCUUCGAUGAGAGAUCCAAAUGAAAAACUGUGGUCUUUUUCUCUGGACAAAGUGGUUGUUGAUCCAGGUGAGACAUAUUUGGUGUUGGUCUCCAACCUGCCCAAGCCCAACAUAGCCUACACUACUUACAACAUCAACAAGACUAUUAAAGUCUCAGACUGUAAAACACCUGCCUUCCAGUCGACUCGAAUCUGUAUUGAAAGAGGAGAAAACUGGAAUCCCAACAUUUCCAUGGUAAAGUCGGGGCCUCGAAACAGAACACUUUUUAUUAACUUUGUCUCUGAUAAGUUUUCUGAACGGUAUAACGUCUAUGUGAAGUGCAAACAACACAAAGAAACCAAGAAUGUCAGUUGGGAAAACAGACCAUCCCUAAAUGUGACAUUUGACCUCGAAGCGUGGCCACACACAUGCUGCAGUUUUAAUGUUGAGAUCCAGCCCUUCUUUACGUGUGGAAAUGACUGCAUACGGAAGAAAAAGAGUUUUGAUAUAUGUUCAGACACAUUCAGAUCAUCAAAGAGUGCAGAUAAUUUGUGGAAGGUUUUCACUGGAUUGUUUGUCCUGCUCUGUGCCGGCUGUGCCAUUUGUACCAUUUGCUUGUGCUACAGGAAGAAUCGUAAGGGUCCAGCACCAACCCUGCCUGAGCAGUUCACUUCAGAUGAUCUUCCAGAUGCCGAGCGUUCCGUGCUAAUCAUCUACUCAAGAGAUCACCCAAAAUACACGGAUAUAGUGCUGAAGCUCUGUGCAUUCCUGAGGGCUAAAUGUGGUACGGAGGUUUACCUGGACCUUCUGGAAACGGCCUCUGUCGGAGCUAUGGGUCGCUUGCCAUGGAUAGAAUUACAGAAGCGUCGUAUAGAGAAAUCCUCUAACAAAGUGCUGGUCCUCUGCUCACGAGGAGUGCAAGCUAAAUGGGGAGCCAUGUGUGGCGAACCUCGGGUUCUCCUACGUGAGGAUGUUUGCUCACCAAUGGGGGACAUGCUGACACCCGCCCUGCAUCUCAUUACAUCAGACAUGCAGCGUCCUGCCUCUUACGGCAAGUACUUGGUUGCAUAUUUUGAGGAUAUAAGUGACGAAUGGGACGUUCCCUCUAUGUUCGAUUUGCCGGUCAAGUACAAGCUAAUGAAACACUUUGAAGAGCUCUUCUUUCGGAUAUUAGAUCUGGAGAAAUAUCAGAAGGGGAAAGUGCACACAAUUAAAGGCAUUGGCAUUGAUGAGUAUAUCAACUGCCCGUCAGGCAAAGCUUUGAGGAAUGCCAUUGAAACCUUCCAGGCGUACCAGAUAGAGAAUCCAGACUGGUUUGAAAAGGAGUGCUUGGACAGUGAAGAUGAGCCGGCCGAGGGCAGCCCUUUUCUUACCGACUGUCAAACACCAGUUUUUAAGUGUGAUCCUGUGAUCAACAUUGGACCCUCUGUAUGCGAGUGUGCAGUGCAGAUACACCAUGUGGACCAGACCCAUAGUGUAUGGUCCACUGAAGUAAAACCACAUGUUGAGGAAUUUAAGGAGCCUACUAUUCUAGAGAUCCAACCAGCACACCAGGUAUAUUCCCUGCAUCCAGUUGUGGAAGCCCCAGUCAAUGUCCACAAAGCCGGGGUGUGCCAAACAAUUUCAGAGAUCCAGCCGUGCAUUUUAGUUGAACCUGCAAUAUGGGAGCCCUUACCACCAUCGAGUAAGAACGAGGUGUUUGUGAACGGAGGGCCACCUACUGAUGAGUCCACUGCCAUCGAUAAAGAAGAGGCCCUAAAGAAACUAUUGGACCUGCAGGUCUCCCUGGUAUCCCUUGAUAUUGCUGCUCCUCCACCCUCAGUGGAUGAUCAGUUCCAGACAUCUUGGGAUAUGCCCUCAUCCCAACCAAUGGAGAUGGAUGAGAGUCAGGUGGAAGAGGCUUCAGGAAAAAGACAAUCUAGAUGGUCAGAUCAAGGAUAUAGUUCAAGAGACUCUAUGGUAAGGGAGGAGCCUCCUCAAUCCUCUCUUGCUGCCCUGGCUAAAUUGCAGGAAGCUCUAUACCUAAACAGUCCCAUCUCAUCGGGUUUCUGUACAGAAACAAUGGACAGUUGAUUAGUAAUAUAAGUGCACAGUGUGCUAGUGCAAAAAGACAGUCAGUACAUUCUACAUACAAAUCUUGUUUUGUUUUCUUUUUCUUUUUUUUUAUGGGGGAGAAAGAUAGAAACACACAUUAUGUCUUCAUGUUGUCAACAGGAAACCAGUGAAAACCCACAUAUUGUGUACACAGAUUUUAUUGUUUUCUUACGUACAAGUGACAUUUAUAUGAAAUCUGUAAACUGUUGUUUGCAGUGCUUUUAUGAGUUUGAUCAUGAAAAAGAAAUCAUUUAAAUGAAACAUUUUAACAGAGAUAUGGACAUCUGUUCACUAAUUUUAAAUUUAAACAGGUUUUACAUUUAAUAUUGCACAUAACCUUUUUGGUUAAAAUGAGUUUUCAUCACAGGAAAUCUACAAGCUGUAUUUUACACUAUACUGAUUUGUUUACUAUUCCAUGCAUUGCACUAUAAACAUUUUUAUAACAAAUAUAUACAUAUAUGAAGAUGAAUUGUAUCUCAGUCUUCUCACAGGUAGAUUUAUAUAAUCAGAUUAAUGGAUCUCCAUCAGAUGGGGCUUAAAUGUAAUACUACAAUAGUACUUUUAUCAAAACUGCAAAUUAAAAAAACUGCAUUCUUUG